GCUUCAUGCUUGUUAGGCAGGUGCUCUACCAUGUAAGUCACACUGCCAGCCCUGUUUGUUCUUACUUAAUGGAAAUUCUAAUAUUUCACUACAGAAUAAGAUGCAGCUUUUGGCUUGAGGUUGACAUCAAAAAGCUCAAUUACUAUUUGAGACUUAAUUACAAUUUGCUUUUUUAUUGCCAUUGCCAGAAAUAGAAUGUAGAAAGUAUCUUGGAAGGAUUGCAUGGGGCAGGUUUUGGGUUUAUAUAGAUGACUGUGUGCCAGAGGACCAUGACUAAUUAAUCUUUACUGUUGUUUUGGUUUUUGUUUUGUUUUCUUUUCCAGAAUGGUCAGAGUUUUCUGGUCUUGGAUGAACAAAGAUUUGCAAAAGAAAUUCUUCCCAAAUACUUCAAGCACAAUAACAUGGCAAGUUUUGUGAGGCAACUAAAUAUGUAUGGUUUCCGUAAAGUAGUACAUAUUGACUCUGGAAUUGUAAAACAGGAAAGAGAUGGUCCUGUUGAAUUUCAGCAUCCUUACUUCAAACAAGGCCAGGAUGACUUGUUGGAAAACAUUAAAAGGAAGGUUUCAUCUUCAAAACCAGAAGAAAAUAAAAUUCGUCAGGAAGAUUUGACAAAAAUUAUAAGUAGUGCUCAAAAAGUUCAAAUAAAACAAGAAACUAUUGAGUCCAGGCUUUCAGAAUUAAAAAGUGAGAAUGAGUCCCUUUGGAAGGAAGUAUCAGAAUUACGAGCAAAGCAUGCACAACAACAGCAAGUUAUUCGAAAGAUUGUCCAGUUUAUUGUUACAUUGGUUCAGAAUAACCAACUUGUGAGUUUAAAACGUAAAAGACCUCUACUUCUAAACACUAAUGGAGCCCAAAAGAAGAAUCUGUUUCAGCACAUAGUCAAAGAAUCAGCUGAUAAUCACCAUCAUAAAGUUCCACACAGUAGGACUGAAGGUUUGAAGUCGAGAGAUCGUAUUUCAGAUGACAUCAUUAUUUAUGAUGUUACUGAUGACAAUACAGAUGAAGAAAAUAUCCCAGUUAUUCCAGAAACUAAUGAAGAUGUUAUAUCUGAUACCUCUAACUGUAGCCAGUACCCUGAUAUUGUCAUUGUUGAAGAUGAUAAUGAAGAUGAGUAUGCACCUGUCAUUCAAAGUGGAGAUCAGAGUGAACCAACAGGGGAAUCCUUAAAUUCAGGAAAUGACAGCACCAACCCCCUCAUGUCUAGUGCUGUCCAGAUAAAUGGGUCAUCUACUCUCACCUCUGAAGAUCCUGUGACCAUGAUGGAUUCCAUUUUGAAUGAGAACAUUAAUCUUUUGGGAAAAGUUGAGCUGUUGGAUUAUCUUGACAGUAUUGAUUGCAGUUUAGAGGACUUCCAAGCUAUGCUGUCAGGAAGACAGUUUAGCAUAGACCCAGAUCUCCUGGUUGAUCUUUUCACUAGUUCUGUGCAGAUGAAUCCCACAGAUUACAUCAAUAAUACAAAAUCUGAGAAUAAAGGGUUAGAAGCUACAAAGAACAAUGUUGUUCAACCAGUUUCAGAAGAUGGAAGAAAAUCUAAGUCCAAACCAGAUAAGCAACUUAUCCAGUACACUGCCUUUCCGCUUCUUGCAUUCCUGGACGGGAACCCUGCUUCUGCUGUUGAACAGGGGAGUACAACAGCAUCAUCAGAAGUUACGUCCUCUGUAGAUAAACCAGUAGAAGUUGAUGAACUUCUGGAUGGCAACCUGGACCCCGAACCAACCCAAAGUAAGCUUGUUCGCCUGGAGCCAUUGACUGAAGCUGAAGCUAGUGAAGCUACACUGUUUUAUUUAUGUGAACUUGCUCCUGCACCACUGGAUAGUGAUAUGCCACUUUUAGAUAGUUAAAGCCCCAGAAGUGGACUCUACUUGUAUAUAUUCAUCAAAAUGAUGAACUAUUUAUUUUAAAGUAUCAUUUGGUACUUUUCUUUGUAAAUUGCUUUGUUUUGUUUAAUGAGAUACUGUGGAAUAAAAGCACCUUUUGCUUUUCUCACUAAACACACAUUCUUGCAAAGCUUUCAGAUGUUACUCGGCUGCCGAGGUGUACAGAUGCACAUUAUUGGUAUAUCCCUAAGUUGGUCAAAUGGCUAUUUUUCUCCAGUAACAGUAAUUUGGAUUUCUUUUUUUACAAAUAUUACCAUUUACCCCAGUUAAAACUUUUGUUUGAUGCUGUUUGCAUUUGACUGGUAAGUCACUAGAACUAAUGGUAAAACUACUAAAGCUAUUUUUCACUUGGCUUAUUUUUAAAACUGGGAACAUAAAAGUGCCUGUAUCUUAUAAAGCUACAUUUGUCGCUUGGUUCAGAGAAGUUCAUUUAUGUUCAAAGUUUAGUCAUGUUCAACAGGAAAGGCAAAGUGUACACAAGUGUUCACUGUCUAAUAUGGUUCUAGUUCCAUAUAUAUAAAGACCAUGGGGAUGGGUUGGAGUCAACCCCAUCUACUUACUUAAGACUAGUUAUAAGUAAAAGCUUUGUUUUGUGUUUUUUUGAAUCAUACUAUUUAGUAAAAUAAAUAUAAUGAAUGUUAAGUACUAGUAUUUGUUAUGUGUCUUCUUUGGAGGUGAUACUACAUGAAACAUUUUUUGUCAUAGAAGGAGGUAGCUUUAAGCUGUGUCUGUUCAUUAUCCUAAUGUGAGUCCUAUCAUCAAGUUCUUUGUGCCUCAUCUAAAUAAAGACUGUACAUUGCAGUAGGGAGGAUUGUUUCUAAACUUAAUGUAUUUUAAAUUUUCUUGUUUAAAAAUUACACAGAUUUGCUUUCUGUUUCUAAUAAAGAACUGAGAGAAGUAUGCCUCUAAUUGUUGGAAAUGAGAUGUGAACAUUGUUAUUGAGUGCCACCAAAGGCCUACAAUUUUGUCCUGAGAGACGAUAAGAGAACUAAAUAUUCCUUUGACAGUUACC